AUGGAUGUUGAAGAUCAGAGAAGCUGUGAAAAUUCGUGUAAUUUUUUGCAAAAAAUUUACGUGGAAAAACCCGGUGUUUGUCCGACGCCACAAAGGUUUUUACCGUCUGACGAAUGUUCAGCACUCUGCCAAUUUGACGGCGAUUGUUCCGAGGCGCAAAAGUGCUGUACAGUGGGAUGUAGCCGGAAAUGUGUAAAGGUGAAAAAGCAGGACAUUCGCUUGCUGCCAAUACCAACUGGAAUUUCUGUAAGUGAACGGAAACGCAAAAGGUCGGCAAUAAUUCGUUGGGUUAUGCAAAAAAUGUCCCCAAAUCAAAUAUUAACAAAUGCAAAUCUGUAUGUGAUACAGUGGAGAUGGAGCGUACAUAAGGAUGAAAAUAAGAUGACUGAAUGGCAAACUAUUAUGAUGAAAAAUAAACUUUAUGCCAUAAUGAAACAUCUGUUGUCACCGGGACGAUACUACCAAUUUAGAGUAGCUGCUGUAAAUCAGUAUGGUAGUCGAGGUUUCUCAAAUAGCAGCGCUAUCUUCAAACUUUCUAAGGAGGCACGUGCUCCUGGACAGCCAAAUAAUAUAGUUUUGGGAGACCUGAAUCGUGAUUCUAAAGGUUUAUGGUCACAGCGUGUUUCCUGGAAGCCUCCGUUAUCUGAUUUUCCAAUAAAAAACUAUGUGCUGACAUGGUAUAAAUCAACACCUGAAGAAGCAAAUAGUUAUGAAGAUUCAGUGAGAAGGAAAACUGAACUAAAUCAACAGGGAAAACGAUCUGCCUUAAUGUACCAUGACGAAAAUGAAGAAGAAGAUGGAUUUGUUGGUCCUCAACGAAUGAGCACUGUUGUAUCGUCCUACAGCACUUCAGCUGAUAUUCCCGCUCUGCCGCCUGCAUCAGUUUUUCUCGUUGAGAUUCAUGCUGUCGUUGAUUCAUCAGACGGUGAAUUACGUGGAGAAAGAGGGGUUAUUUUUAUACGAACGCCAGAUGAAACAGUUAUCAACACAUCAGAACAAAGUUACUCAGAAAGUACUGAACUUGUUACGCCGGACAGCGUCGAUGCUGAGGCUAACGUUUCCAUAAGCAAUCAGCGGUUACCGCAACUGCAGAUUCAACUGCCAAGAUACGAAUAUGGUAAUUUGAAGACCGGAAUAAAUUGGUCAAAACAUCCGUACUGCUUUUCUUCAAAUCAUAUCUAUGUAGUCAGAUGGCGUUUAACUGCUUGUCAGCCCUUUUUCAAUCAGCAAAAGACUUAUUAUGACUUAGACUUAUCUGGCCGAGACUGGUACAGUGUUAAAACAAAGAAAUGUUCGACUGAAGUUGAUGAACUAGAUUUUUUAUGUUACUAUGAAGUUGAAGUGAAAACGUUGGAGGAAGAUGAGCUGGUUGCACAAGGCGGUUUCAAGACAAACAGUUGCGUACAAACACCCUCUGACCAUAAGGUUCCGUGUGAUACUGGACGAGUUCGAUGUACGGCAGACAGCUAUUACGCGAAAUGUGUAUGGUCGUUCUUUUCAAACACAGACGGCGAGGAAAAUGAAUUACAACAAACCGUCGGAUUCAGGAUCACUAUCACCGAUACUGCCACAAUGAAAACUAACGAGACAAUUUUGCCGGCUACUGUAUACAACAUGGAAUACCAUAAUUUGUUGCCACAUCGAGUAUACAACAUUAUUGCACAGACAAUCACCAAAUAUGGUAUCAAAGAAACACUUCGGACAAGCUUCAAAACUAGUCCAAUUAGCGGUGUACAGAAGGCAAAAAAACAGGAUAGCAGCCUGAACAAAAAUGUAAUAGAUGAAUUGAAAAGUGAAUACGAACGGGACGAAAAUAGGAAUAAUUUAGAAAUGGAAACACUGUCUGUGGACAGAAUUAUUGAACUGCCGUUAGAAGGUGGUGGUAGUGAAGGAAUUUUUGUACCAAGUAUUCGGUGGUAUUUAAAGCCACUGUAUUUGAUGUUUAUGUUUUGGGUACUUCGAUUAAGGUUAUUUGUCUAA